ACACCAACGCCUGAAUAUAAAUGAAUACAUAUGAAAUGACUAGUUAAAAAACACACGCAGGAACCUUAAAAGAAGGAUACCUCUUACCCGUAAGAAUGAACAAACGCCAUAAAAGGGGCGGAAAUUUGUUUCUGAAAGUUUCAAGUGGUUAGACAUUGCUUUGACAUUUAAAAUUGUCCUUUCAUCUGCAAUAAUAUAUUUGCAGAUGAUUGAGGAGAAUGGAGAAGAAACAAGAAAAUGAAUCGGUGUGCAGCAGAGUACCAAAUCUUGUCUCAAACUUUGUAGAUUCCUUUGUCGACUUUGUAGUGGGAGGGCAAUUUUUACCGUCAAAUUCAACAACACUUGACAGUAAGAAUGCUAACAAUGCUGAAGCAACAGCAGCAACAGAAAUAGUCACAAGAAUCCCCUCUGUCGAUCGUUUGAUUGCAAUAGGAGACAUUCACGGAGACCUCCACAAGGCCAAGGAGGCCCUCCGAGUGGCCCAAGUCAUGGAUGAAAAUGACAACUGGAUUGGAGGCAAUACUACGGUAGUUCAGGUUGGUGACCUCCUCGACAGGGGAGGGGAAGAGCUCAAGGUCAUUUACCUACUCGAAAAGCUGAAAAAGCAGGCAGAUAGAUCAGGUGGGGGAUUCAUCAUAAUGAAUGGGAAUCACGAGAUCAUGAAUAUGGAAGGAGAUUACAGGUUUGUGACCCCAGCAGCAAUGGAGGAAUUCAAAAGCUGGGCACAUUGGUAUACAAUUGGGAAUAGUGUGAAAAGUCUAUGUAAAGGCCUGGGAGUGCAGAAGGAUAUUUUUGAAGGGAUAUCCACAGUUUAUCCAGAGGAAUGGAGGGCCAGAACAGCAGCUCUGAGGCCCGGAGGACCAAUUUCAGCUAGGUUUCUGAGCACCCACCCUACUGUUGUUGUGGUCGGAGGAUCUGUUUUUGCUCACGGGGGCCUUCUUCCCGCACAUGUGUUCCAUGGGUUGGAGAGAAUAAAUGAGGAGGUGAGAGAUUGGAUCAAAGGGAACAAGGGCCCUAGGGGCCCCUCUUUUCUUCAUGGCAGAGAUGCUGUUGUGUGGCUGAGGAAGUAUUCAGGUAGAUCUUGUAAAGGGGAGGAGUGCCAUUGUACUCUUUUGGACCAGGCCUUGGCUUCCAUUCCUGGAGCCAGGAGGAUGAUUGUGGGUCACACCAUUCAGACUGUGGGCAUAAAUGGUGUUUGUGGGAAUCGAGUCAUUCGUAUAGAUGUGGGGAUGUCUAGAGGUUGUGGUAAUGGGAUUCCAGAAGUUUUGGAGAUCAAGGGGGACAAGAAUCUCACAGUUCUGACUGCCAAUCCCAUCUACCAAGCUAAACAAGAACCAGUGGGUGUCAAAAACGAGAAGCCAGGACUUGGAAUUCUUCUGUCUGAGAAGGGAACUAGAGAGAUUGAGGUAAAGGUAUAGUUUGGUGUUUUUUUUUGCCUUGAAAUUGUUUUUCAGAUGCUUUUCACAGUGCUGGAUAAGCCAUUGUUGUACCCAAGAUACUGAAAAACGACUAGUCCUGCUUACAACUCUCUCAAGCUGUCCCUACGUUAAGCCAAACUAGUUGUUUUUUUAAUAUAUAGAUUCUAAGUUCUAACUCUUGGAGGAAAGGCUUAGACAGUUGCUAACCUUUUAAGGCUGGAUUUUCCUUGUUAGUAGUUUUUCAAAGCUGAUGUAAUUCAUUUUUUUAAACGAGAGGAGCUCUGAAUGGUGACAUCUUCGGGUAUACUUUCUGUAUAUGAAAUAACAUGGAAUGUGUGCUUUCUCGGAAAAAAAAAUGUCAAUUAUAAUCUUAUAAAGCAGAAAUGGAUAUAGAUGUGUACAUGACGUUGGAUUUGUUCUAAAAAUCAAUGCAAUUUGAUAAA